AUGGCGUCCACUGAGGAGCGCCUCCCCUCCGUCUCCUCCGUCUCCUCCAUCUCUCUGUUGGAGAUCAAAGCGGACACUCACCUGGUCCUCAAAGCCUUCCUCCAUCGAACCCUCACCCUCCCGCUGGAGGAGCGGCCCGGCAGAGUGGGCGGAGCUUACACAGACCACAACAAAUACAGGUACAGAAAGAAGCGCUGAUUUCAUUCCUUACAGGGUCUUUAGUAUUGGGUUUAUAGACUCGCCAUAAGAUCAGACACACGCUCUCGUCUCGCUAUCAGCUAAAAUAAGAAAUACCUGCUGCUCUGUUGCUCAUCACUCUUUACGUCUUCCUCCCUGACUGCAGCUGUAUACCCCGUAAGUCAAAGGACGGCUGGGACUCCCAGGCGGAGGACGUCAGCUCCACGGAUGAGAAGAAAUCUGGAUUAAAAAGUUUUAUGAAGCAGCUUCCUCGUAGAAGUUCAUGGAGAUCAGGGAAGGAGUCUAAAAACUCGCUGGAACGAGACAACAAGAUCAAACCGGGACUGAGCAAAGACCAAACGGAUGUGAGGAUUCUUCAUUUUUACUCAGAGCAGAGUCAGACGCAUCACUGUGGAGAAUGACCUUCAACCCUUCCUCUUUCUUUCUUUCUCCCCCCUCAGGGUGACGUGGCGUCCCCCUCCACGUCCUCAGACGAAGAUGACGGUGAAAAGAAGCAGAAGAAGAAGCUGAACCCAAAGAAGAUCCGAGAGAGACUGUCCAAGUUGUUCAAAGGGAAGGCGGAGAGAAGGAGAAGGAGAAGGACCGAGACGGGGUCAAACCUCAGAGACCGACCAGCCUGCCCAUUAAAGACAAAGAACCGGAUGUCCAGCCCGCCGUCGUCUCUCCCAGUAAGAGCGAACGCCACACGCUUACAGUUUGACGCUGAAUGAAUCUUUGUGUCUCAUGUUUUUGUCGUUUUUGUCGCUGCAGCUCAUCCUCCCGGGUUUUACGAUGAAGUAGCAGAGAGACUGGAACAGAUCGCUCAGAAGUCCACGAGUAUAAAGAAGAAGCCCAGUCCCAUCAGCCAGACUUCACAAAGUAAGAAAACUCAAACAGACGAGACGUGACGAAAAUAUGACCAAUCUGAAGACGUUUGAAGGUGACCUUGUGUCUCUGAUUUUGUCUCUCUGUCAGCGCCGACUGAUAAACAGGCCGUGGUCAAUCAGCUGGUUCAGCUUCUGUCUCAGGAGGGCGACUCGAUGAACAACAAGGUGGGUGAUUUUCAUCAGAACAGGUGUGAAGACGUACAAAUCAGGUGUGCCACGUUAUCGUCUCUCCUCUUAUCGAUCUUUAAACGCUCUUCUCCCUCAGAUCCAAUCAGACCCCUUCCUCCGCUCCAACCUCAAUCGCCUCUCUUACCCGUCCUUCGCCAAACUUCUCGACACGUUCAGCAGGAAUCAGGUAUCUGAUGCGCCCACCGUGCCCCCGACCUCCAGCCCAACGCUCAGACGAAUGGCGGUGACCAUGGAGGUGUCCCGCAGGAUCGUCACGGCUACAGGCACUCAGCGCAUGCAGGGAUACGCCGAGUGCUACAUGGAGACCUUUGCUCCGUGGGUGAAGAGUCAUGGAGGAUGGGUAAGAGUGUGAAAACAUCUUCACCUUCAUUAUCUCGGCAAAGACGGGCUCAUAUCUUAAAUUUUGCUGAUCUUUGGUUCAUCUUCAGGAGAACAUCGUCGAUCUGGGAGAGCAGAGUGAAACAGAGUGA